AUGCACCGCAUUAGGGAAAAGGUACCAAAGAACUCUGUUCUUUUAUCCAACAUACAAGCCCACUCAAACUUCAUAUAUCUAUCUAUGCUGCCUGUGUACUUGUACUGUUUGUUGAAAUGUCAUCUUGUAACUGUCUUAGUUUUAGCAAUCAAUUUCUCUGCUCUCUCAGAUUCUCUGGGUUUAGAGCAAAGAAAAUCACUAAUGGAAGCUACAGUGUGAGGUGUGAGGAAAGGGGGUAUUUGGGUUUAGAUCAAGAAAAUGAUGGGAACAGAAAGCUGAGGAUUUUGGUAGCUGGAGGGGGGAUUGGGGGACUGGUCUUGGCUCUGGCAGCAAAACACAGAGGGUACGAUGUGAAGGUGUUUGAGAGAGAUUUGAGCGCAGUGAGAGGUGAGGGCCAGCACCGUGGCCCGAUUCAACUGUUGAGCAGUGCUUUGGCAGUAUUGGAAGCCAUUGAUGAAAAGGUUGCCAGGCAAGUUGUUCAAGCUGGAUGUGUUACUGGUAACCGGAUCAAUGGCCUUGCUGAUGGGAUCUCAGGCGAUUGGUUUGCAAAGUUUGAUCUAUUGACCCCUGCUGUGAAGAGGGGACUUCCCAUCACCCAAGUAAUAUGUAGAAUAACACUGCAAGACAUCUUAGUCAGAGCCGUAGGGGAGGAUGUAGUUAGCAACAACUCUAAAGUUGUUGACUUUGUGGAAGAAUCUGGCAAGGUCAAAGUGAUUCUUGAAGAUGGAAGACAGUAUGAGGGCGAUGUUCUGGUUGGGGCAGAUGGAAUAUGGUCAAAAGUGCGUUCAAAACUGUUUGGGGCACAACAGGCAAACUAUUCAAACUAUACAUGCUAUAGCGGGCUAACACACUUUGUGCCACCAUAUAUUGAUACAGUUGGGUAUCGCGUAUUUUUGGGAUUGAACCAAUACUAUGUUGCUUCAGAUGUAGGGAGUGGGAAGAUGCAAUGGUAUGCCUUCCGUAAGGAAGCCCCCAUGAACGAUGACCCUCCUGGAGGUAAAAAAGAGAAACUUUUGGAACUGUUUGGCAGCUGGUGUACUGAAGUAGUUACACUAAUCUCAGAAACACCAGAGAAUAUGAUUUUGAGACGAGAUAUAUAUGACAGGGAUAUGAUCUACUCCUGGGGAGUCGGGUGUGUGACUCUGUUAGGUGACGCUGCUCAUCCUAUGCAGCCAAAUCUCGGUCAAGGGGGUUGCAUGGCAAUUGAGGACUGUUACCAACUCAUACAUGAGCUUGAUAAGGUUGCCGAAACUUUUGGCUCUGAAUUUUCCCUGUCAAAUGAAAUUGUUUCAGCUCUUAGGAGAUACGAGAAGAAAAGAAUGUUUCGAGUCAGCAUCGCCCACGGGAUGAGCCGAAUGGCAUCACAAAUGCUCGCCGGUUACCGACCAUAUAUGAAUUUUGGAUUUGGUCCACUAUCUCAUCUGUUGUCUUGGCGGCCAAUGCAUCCUGCAAUCAUUGUUGCACGUAUACUUCUGCAAAUAUUUUUGCCACAAUACAUGGUUUGGAUGAUAGCAGGACACGGGUUAUGGUGAAAAAGAAGGCGACCGCUUUGUUUUGCUCAGGAAAACUAUAGCAUUCUGGUUGCAAAGGGAAAUUUAUAGGAAGAGAGAUGUGAUAUUGUUAAGUUUUACAUAUGCGCUGUGUUGAUUACAGAUUUCUCCUUUCUGAUGUUCUGUCAAAAAAUUUGUAUAGAAGGACCUGUAAUUUAAUGGCUUCCUUUUCUUUUCUAAUAUUGCUUGAAAAGCUGAGCCUGACUCUGAUCUCGUGGGUCAAGGCCUUUCAAUUGGUCAAAACAUU